CGGACCGCCGCCCAGUCUUCCGGAAACGGUCUUUCACUAGCGCUCGCUCCUCGACGUCAUGAGUAGCCGGGGGGAAAGGGCCGUACCAAUCAUCGGGCGUGCUUUGGAGCACUUCGUGCUUUGUGAUCCAUCCAUUUAACCAUCUCUGCUCUCCAUUCAUCCAUCAAUCAACACUCUGCCCUGUUGAGGUCGAUACCUCCUUGACUGACUACCCUCCAUCGAUACCACCUCCACCCCUCCGCGUUCGGCAUGUCCAAACCCAUUCACAAUCGAGGAAGCGCAGCAGAGCAAGGAGCCGCCAUCCGCCGCCAAUUCGAAGGCCAACAGCAAAAGCGCUUCUCCUCCCAGAUCCAGACGGAUCGUCUGCACCAUCGCGAGACUCCACCACCGGCCAGCGACGAUGCAUCCGCGGUAAGGAGGUCGUCCACUCGCAGAAAGAGGAGGACCCACAAGCCGGCUGGGGACGAGGAGUCAGUAGGGGCAACAUCCGCUGAGGAGAGCCGCUACCGUGACUCGCUGCGCAACAACAGGGAUAGCAUCCGGAAGACGAGCACGAUCGCGAAUGAGCCGCCUCCGCCAUCCCGAGCUGCAGUCACUGACAAGCCAAGGGAGGAAGAGCCGGAGACGCAGCGUAGCAAGAGGGGGUCGAGGGCACUGAGGAAGAAGGAGACAGAGGCUGAUGUGGCUGCUGCGCCCGUCGCUGCUGUCCCUCCUGCUUCAAGGAGGGGAAGGGAUCCAGAGAAGGCGGCCGCCGCUGACGAGGAGCCCGCUGACGAAGAGCCAGCGGAGCCUGCUGACCCGGAGCAUGACUCCAAAGCCAAGGAAGCAGCGGGCGCAGGUGGCCUCAUGGCUGCUCUUGGCCUCGGAGGCUGGGGAGCCAAGAAGGCUCAGGACGAUGCUGAGCCUGCAAAAAAAGAGAAGCAGCCCACGGAGAAGGUCGUUGAGAAGCCGGCGAAGCGCAGCAAGUCGAAGAAAGAGAAGUCCAAGCCCGUGGCGGCUGUUCCAAUUGGCAGCGAAGGGCGACGUCGCAACUACGCCAAAAAGGACAAGGCCGCAGCUGCCGCGCCUGUCUACGAUGGGGAUGGGCAGCCGAGCGAAUCUGCUGCAGAGCCUGUCGAGCAGGAAGAGGACGAGGAAGACGAGGAGGACGAGAGUCACGCUGGAACCGGAGCCCUCGCUGCUGGUGGAGCUGCCGCUGCCGCUGGAGCUGGAGGCGCUGCUGCAGCAUCUCACGGCGAGCGCAAGUCGGUCCCCCUCGAGAAGAAGGGCCGCAUCUACUCCCUCACCGGUAUCGACAAUCUCGCACUCAUGCUCGAGGAUGCUGGCUACCAAACGGCAUGCUUCAGCGUCUACCUCUUCAAGACGAAGCUCGAUUAUGAUACGGUGCUCAACUUCUUCGAGAAGCUGGCUGAGGCGUACCCGAAGUAUCGCUACGUCUGUGAGCUCAACCCGAGUGACGCGACAAAGAAGGAUAAGGCAGCUCGCAAGGGUCAGGCAACUUCCACCUCGUCCACCUCGUCCUCCUCGCCCAACCCAGGCCGCAAGACAGGCUACUCCAAGAGUCUCAAAGCCGGUGGCAAUUUCCGCCCAGCCAAGUGGCGCGUUGAUGAGACUUUCGACGUAGCGCAGAACAUUCGCGUCGUCAAGGCGCAGAACGACGGCAGCGACGACGACCUUUACGACGUGUGCGGCGACUGUCUCGGCACCCACUUCGACUUCAAUAAGCCCCUUUGGGAGGCCACGGUCGUGCACGGCCUGCAUACGUCCGGAGGCGCCCGUUCGGCGCUGAUGAUCAAGAUCCACCAUGCAUUCUCCGAUGGGCAAGGCAUGAUCCAGUCGUACCACUCGGCCAUCGAGGCCAUGUCUACUGGCGUGACGGUGGAGAGUAAACAAGCGGAGAUCGACUCGCAGGUGGCCCGCGCCAGCGCCAAGCAGAAGAAGACGACAGAAGAGCAAGUCCGCGAGAAGUCCGAUGGCGAGGAGCAGGAGAAGAAGAUUGGCUCGCGCAAUGUCAAGCCCACGGUGGGUGGGACUAUCUCCCACUCGUGGCACACGGUGCGCGGCCUCUACUUCCGCAAGCGAAAGGCAUUCACCUACCCGGAUUCUGCAGGCAAAGACGCCGUACGUCGCUAUGGCGCUCAGCUGGGCAAGAAUGAGCGACCCUCGACCCGCCUCUACGCUCACUCGGACGGCAUCUCCAUGUCGGACAUCAAGCUCAUCCGACAAGCCUUCUCGACGGACAAGGUCAAUCUGUCACUCAACGACGUUGCCUGCGCUCUGCUCAGUCGUGCGCUGCGUAUCGCUGCGGAGACCAUGGCCUCCAAGCAUGGUCAGAAGGUCUCGGACAAGCGCAUCGCCGUCUUCAUUCCCAUCUCCAAGCGACCAAAAGGCGACUGGAGCCUAGCCAAUUACACGACAGGUGCCAUCGCCUGGUUCCGCUUCCACGAGCCGUCUAGGUAUGGCUUCGAGUCAUUGCUGAUGCAGGUGAAUCGCGAGAUGAACAGGAUCAAGCGCUCCAAGCUCCCCGGGAUCUGGUACGACGUCUUUGGUGCAUUUGCGAAGAGACGAUUCUUCAUGAUGCCCAACUACCCGAUCGCGAGGCAGAUCUUCCAGUCAGCGUACAGAGAGUACAACGUCUUCACCAACGUGCCCGGACCCCCCAAGCCAGUCAGCUUCGGCAAGCACGAGGCCUUCUCGUAUCACGUUCUACCGCCUUCGUCGCCAGGCAAAUCCACUCUCGCGAUGGGCGCCAUCUCUUACGCGGGAGAGUUCAGCUUGGCCGUCUCGUGCGAUGGGGUGAGGGAGUUCAAGGAGGGGAAUCUGCCGGAGACCAUCUGCCAGGCCUUUCAGCAGGCGUCGCAGGAGCUGGUCAGGGUGGCAAAGGAGAAGAUGGACGCGUAAGCGCGCGUGAGUAUGUCACAGUCGGGUUCAGUACCAUACAGAUCACCACCACUUUCUUUUGGACCGUUUCCUCCCACUACUGUCGCUUCUCGGCAACCGCGAUUGAAGGACAGCAUCACACUCUUUACUUCAUUGUCUCUGUUGCUCAAUUAAAUGAUCUGGUAUACCACGUCUUCCGC